AAUAGAAAGCACUACUAAAACAGUCACCAUGCCAAAAUACAAUCCUGAUAGGAAAAUUCAGCCACAAACUAAGAAAAGGGUGGUUCCAUCACAGGAAAGUGGAAAAAAGGAAAUCCCACAAAGAAAUACUACAAAAAAAUAUGUUCCACCAAGGAAUAAUCUUCAAAAGAAAACAAGUACCACUGCAAAAACUGGAACUCCCAAAAAGACUAUUGCUUCACAUUCUAAUGUGAAGAAGGCCACUCCAACAAACAUGAUCCCAACUAAUACUUCAAAGAGUACUCUACCUAAUAGACCUCCAAAGAAGACCAUUCCACCAAAUACUAAAGUGAUAAAGACUAGCCCACCAAGCACCAGUCCCAAAAAAAACAUUCUUCCAAACCCAAAUAUGAAAAAGGCCACUCCAACAAAUACAACAUCAAAAGAGACUUCUCCAUCAACCCCUACUGCAAAGAAGAAAAGUCUGCAGGAUAAGCCUCCAAAGAAAACUAUUCCAUCAAACACUAAAGUGAUGAAGACUAACCCACCAAGCACCAGUCCCAAAACAAACAUUCUUAGAAACCCAACUAUGAAAAAGAUUGCUCCAACAAAUACAACAUCAAAAGUGACUUCUCCUUCAACUCAUACUCCAAAGAAGAAAACUCUACAGAAUAAGCAUCCAAAGAAGAGCAUUCUACCAAACACUAAAGUGACAAAGACUAACCCACCAAGCACCAGUGUCAAAAAAACUAUUUCAAACCCAACCAUAAAAAAGGCCACUCCAACAAAUACAACAUCAACAGCAUCAAAAGGGCCUUUUCCUUCAACUGAUACUGCAAAGAAUACUUUACAGAGUAGGCAUCCAAAGAAGAGCAUUGCAAGUAACACUAAAGUGAUAAAGACUAACCCACCAAGCACCAGUCCCAAAAAAUCUAGCCCUCCAAAGAAGAGUAUUCUACCAAAGACUAAAGUGAUAAAGACUAACCCACCAAACAUAAAUCCGAAAAAGAAUAUCCUUGCAAAGCCAACUGCAAAGAAGGCUCUAUCAAAUAUUACCCCAUCAAACCCUUCAGCAAAGAGGACAACUCCACUAAAUAAUACACCAAACAACAUUUAUCCAUCAAACUCUACAGUGAAAAUGUCCAUUCCAGCAAAUACUACGCCAAGAAUGACUGUCCCAAAGAAUAGUCUGAAAAAGACUAAUCCACCAUACAGUGGUACCAGAAAUGCAUCUACACCAAAUACAACUCCAAAAAAGACUACAAUAGUUAAUGAUCCUUCGAAAAGGAAAACUCCAAACAUCACUUCUAAAAAGACAGCUCCAACAAAGAACAUUCCAGAGAAAAAACCAAAAUCUUCACCUAAAAAAGAGGUUAGUUUAAAGGCCAAUCCCAAAAAAACUACUGAACCAAAGAAAAUUUUCACAAAACAACCUCAAACAAAGACCAACCUUAAACACAACCCAAAAAAAGCCCCAGAAAGUGCUAAGUCAAAGGUCAAUGUUAAACAGAAUAAAGUGAAGGAGAUAAAGACCAAUCGAAAACAGAAUGCUUCUUACUUUACCACAUCUUCCAGCCCUUAUCAGGUAUUGUCUUCCAUGGUUCCUUCCAGCAGCGUUGUACAAAUUACAGUGGUGAGCUUGUCUCCCUCUGAUUCAAAAGUCAGUCCUUCAUUCAUCAACAAGGAUGCAUCGGUCACAGACAGAACUCCAGUCAUGGACUAUAGCAACACAGAGAAAGAGUCUUUUACACCAGACCCUUCUGAUGAUUUCAUAACACCCCUUAAUGAUAUUAACACUGAGGCUGACACACGAACUAUUCCAUCUAGUGAAAUCACAGUGACAAGUAGUGGUGAUGACAAUAAAGAGUCUUACAGCAGCUCGGGAGUGGUCACAGAUACUGUUGUGCUGGAGGAUGGCCUCUCCAUGGUGAUCCCGAUUACAAACGGAGAGGACACAACAGAGAGAGCCUUUCCACCCUGGCUUGACCUUUCUGACUAUAUCCCUGUAGGUGUACCCAUUUCUACAAUGACCUCAGACCUUCCUGCCUCCCCAGUUCCCACUGUGGUCCCUCACACAAAGGAAGAACAAGUGACAGUAAGCCCUGAAAUCAUCUCCACUUUGAAACCUCUGCAAAAUGCUGCGGAGAAUAAUGAGAGCAACUCAAUCGCUGUAUUUGAUAACAGAGUCAUUGUUGCAGAAAGUGACAUUUCUCAAAACAAUCUGAUCCCAAGGCACCUCAGAGAACGAACAAGGAACAAACGAAUACAAGAACUUCUGGAGGAGAAACGAAAUUUUCUCCUCAGAAUGAAAAGGGGCAACACAGAACAAUAGAACAGCAGAGAUAAACUCUUCUUGAGUCCAACAAUAUUUUAUAUUGGACCUCCCAAAGGGAAAAAAAGAAAACAAGUGAAAAGCAAAGAUUGGACAAAAAUAUUUUUUGAAUGUUGCAGAGUUGGUGCUAUUUGGCAUGUAGACACUGUACUGAGAAAUAAACAGGUUUGAUAUUGCACAGGGCCUUUGAAAAGCCAAGUUGUUUUCCUUCUUCAUAACCAGGCCAUUGUCUGAGAAUUGAAUCACCAUGUAGAUAAGAUGUAAUGUAUUUUUUAAAUAUUGUUCUUCUAAGCACACAGAGAACAGAAUUUAUCACCAAUUGUCUCAAGUUACAGUGUUAAACUACUGCCAGUGACUGCAGCCGGCCCCUCAGACGUUAGCGUCCCAUGAAAUGGUCAUUUUGAUUACAUUUUUUUCUGGUAAAAUUAGACAUUUACAAAGUUCCUGUUGGAUGUGAUUUAAACCUUUACACUUGUUAGAACAGUGCUAUUUUCAAAGCAAACAUUUUCUGUAACAUUUCUAAGUUCUCAGGAAUCUAAUUUUGAAAGAUUUUUUACAGGCAUUUGAAAAUAUUUGGUGCUUAACUUUCCCACAAAGUCAAAUAAAAAGUGCUAAAACACAAAGGAAAUAAACAUUCACUGACUGCUUUUUGGUCAAUGAAAUUGUUCUUUCAUCAGUGUUGCCAAAAGUUAAGAUGUUUCUCAUGCAUUUAUUUAUGAAAAGAUACAGAUAGAAAAAAAAAGAUUCUCUUAGCUUAACAUCCGAGGACCAGUGUGUUUUUCUCUCUUAAAGUUGUAUUAUUUGUACAUGUUAAGUUACAUCAUCUGAAAAAUCGCCUAUAUUUCUGUACUAUAUAUGUACAUAUGAAAAAGAAGUUAAUGUUAAAUAUUUAUUAAAGUUUAAAUGCUUUUGAUAUGUUGCAA